CUAAGGUCAUAAUCAGGCUAUUUUCUUGAGCAGAGUAGCUUUGAUGAUGGCGGAUGAAACGAAGAUUAUUUAUCAUAUAGAUGACGAAGAAACGCCGUAUUUAGUAAAGAUAUCAAAAGGCCCCAGCGAUGUCACCCUCGGAGAUUUCAAGAAUAUUCUCAAUCGGCCAAGUUAUAAGUUUUUUUUCAAGUCUAUGGACGAUGAUUUCGGGGUAGUUAAAGAAGAAAUAACAGAUGACGAAUCCGGCUUGCCUUGUGUGAACGGCCGGGUUGUUGCUUGGUUGGUGACGUCAUCAGAAGGAAGCGCCAGCGAUGUUGGUAGGACGUUCUCAGAAUCAGGUUCAGAACCACAUGAUCAACAGUCUGUUUUGUCGGACCCAGAUUCCACAGGAGCGCCACGGACAAGAGGUCCUGGAUCCGGUGAAUCGAGGCCACCAUCUUUUCACGGUCGUACUGGAUUGAAACCUGAAAAGAAUACCGAGAAUUCUGAUCUUGAAUCCAUCAGCUCGAGACAGUCAAGUAGAAGCAGGCCUAGACCGCACCGCAAUAGCAGUCACCGAUAUAAAACACCAGCAGAUGACAGCUGUGAAGAAGAGUCUUCUAUAUUCAGCAGUGACCUAGAAACAACAAGCGUGGCCGAUUCUGAAGAUGACCGUAGAAGCAGAAUCUCUAGCAUAACUGACGGAUCAAGCAUGUAUCAUGGUCGACAUAGGCGACGUCGAAGAAGACCCAGAAUGCCACACGUUCAGAGAUGCACUUCGUUUAGUACCAUUACGGAAUCAACAAUGUCCUUAAAUAUCAUCACUGUCACCUUAAAUAUGGAUAAAGCGAAUUUCUUGGGCAUCAGUAUUGUUGGUCAAAGUGGAAGCCGUGGAGAUGGUGGUAUACAUGUUGGUUCUGUUAUGAAGGGCGGUGCAGUUGCCUUAGAUGGUCGUAUAGAACCAGGCGAUAUGUUGCUUCAGGUGAAUGACGUGGACUUUCAAAACAUGAGCAACGAUGACGCUGUUCGGGUACUCAGGGAAAUGGUUCAUAAACCUGGUCCAAUCACAUUAACAGUCGCAAAGUGUUGGGAUCCAUCACCACAAGGAUAUUUCACACUUCCGCAGAGCGAGCCUGUACGACCGAUCAACACCGAGGCCUGGGUUCAACAGUUAGCUGCAAUGCGAGAGUACCAAGCUAAAGAGAUGGUUAAUCAAUCGUUAGGAACUAUGACUUCGACAAGUUCAUCAUUGACAAGUUCUUUGCCAGAAUCUGACCGUUUCACAGAAGAUAACUACCUUCAACUUCAUGUAAACAGUGAUAUGAGCCUCGUUGUGAAAGCCUUAGCAAGUACUGAUUCUGGUUUGGACGUACGAGAUAGAAUGUGGUUAAAGAUUACUAUUCCAAAUGCUUUCAUUGGUUCAGAUCUUGUUGAUUGGCUAUUUACUCGUGUCCAGGGCUUCACUGAUAGAAGAGAGGCUCGUAAAUACGCUUCUAGCCUACUUAAGGCUGGCUAUAUCCGUCAUACUGUGAAUAAAAUCACAUUUUCAGAACAAUGUUACUAUGUGUUUGGGGAUCUGUGCGACAAAAUGGGCAACAUGUCAAUCAAAGAACACGAAGGAAGUGAUCAAGACACCCUAGCCCCUCUUCCUCAGCCUAACAACUGGGCGGGUAAUGUCCCACCCCAAUAUUCCGCAGGGUGGCGCCCCCCUUACCAAAUGCCUCAACAUUUCCCCGACUUACACCCGUAUAAUCCAGCAGCAUUUGCACCCCCCUCCCAAACAGGCAGUGGCAGUCCUCGAAGUUUAAGCAGUGGUUCUCAAAAGAGUCGUGAAAAGGAAACGGACGUGCAAUCUCGAAGUAGUGGGGGUAGUAGUGCCAGUGAUAGGAGUGGCAGUAGUAAAGGGGACAGGGCCUCAAUCAAAGAACGCCCAGCCACCGUCACACCCACAGUGCGAGAUUAUGGACGCUUGGAUCAAGUACCUGACCACAUUGGAGCCAGUAGGAGCAGUUUUCAGAUCGCUUUAGCAAAUCCUUGCGAGUUGUUCGUAGACGUCAUGUAGGGAAGCUGUAAGGUCUAGAAAUUUAGUUGCUGAUAUUUUUACAAAUUAUUAAACUGUGGAGAGCAUGUUGAUUUUAAAAUGAUGAAAUGCUAUGAAAUGAAGUCACCAUUAGAAUGAUGAAGUGAUGUUUUUGGUAAAUAUUAUACCACUCUCGUUUUUGGACAGCGGAAUAACCUUGAAUAAACGAGUUAUAAUAUAUCAUCAAACGAAGCUUCACAAAUACCGAGCCGAAUGGAAGAAGCCUGGGAGUUGCUGGACAUCAUCAAUGCAAGACAUAUGACGCCAUUGUCGAAAAUGAUGGUAAGUCGUAGGAAGCUGAUGGACGCAAUAUAAAGAGGUCAAAGACAACGGUUCGUAAUCGAUGUACAAGAGUUUUGCCAUGAUUGUACCUGGAAACGAGAUUUACUGUGUCGGGACCUGUACAAGCAAACUUUCUUCAAUGAAGGAAAUGAUAUAGUUAUUGUAUAUAAACAAAAAGAACAAACUGUAGUGUGUUGUAUAUAAUUAAUUUUUAAUAGGUUUUCCCCUGCAACGUUUUCUAACGCGCCAGUUACUUGUCAGUUACUAAACCUUUAUUGUCCAGUUAAUAUAUGGACAAAUAGCAUGUUCUUUUCUCAGAACAAAUGAUCGUAACAGUUCUUGAAACAGACAAUGAACUUGAUUUAUUCUGAUAUACAAAGCCAAAGGCCGUAUGCGUGUUAGAAAAUGGUGCAGAGGGACGCCUUUAGCCUUUCGAUAUAGUAUGGCAACCAUCUUUUCCCUUUGUGAUAUGCAAAGAUCUCAAGUAGAUUAGUAUCUAUUUUUUACGUCAUUAGUGUGUCUUUGCAAUUAUCAUUUCAAAAUACAGUUGUGAAUAGAAUAAAACACGUGUCCGAGUUUGA